GCAGCUAGCUUGUUGAAGCUUAGCAAGAACAGUGCACGUUUCAGAAAUGGCCACAGCCGGAACAGUUCAUUCAGGUCCAGCGAGUUCCACUGUAGGCUCAACUGAGACUCGGAAGAUGGCUUCUUUAGAGGUUCCAGGGUCCUCAAGCUCAUCUCAAACUAUAAAGAAGACUAUUGGCCACCGUGGGCUUGACCCCACUGGGGAGACCACCUACAAGAAGACUACCUCGUCUGCCCUGAAAGGUGCCAUCCAGUUGGGCAUCACACACACGGUGGGCAGCUUGAGCCAGAAACCUGAGAGAGAUGUACUCAUGCAGGACUUUGAAGUGGUGGAGAGCAUCUUUUUCCCCAGUGAGGGCAGUAACCUGACCCCAGCCCACCACUACAGUGACUUCAGGUUCAAGACCUACGCUCCCAUCGCCUUCCGCUACUUCAGGGAGAUGUUUGGUAUCCGACCAGACGACUACCUGUACUCGCUGUGUAACGAGGAACUGAUUGAGCUGUCCAACUCUGGAGCCAGCGGAUCUCUGUUCUACGUCUCCAGCGAUGACGAAUUCAUCAUUAAGACUGUGCAGCACAAAGAGGCUGAGUUCUUACAGAAACUAUUGCCUGGCUACUUCAUGAAUUUGAACCAGAACAAGCGAACCUUGCUGCCAAAGUUCUACGGUCUCUACUGCAUCCAGGCAGGAGGAAAGAACAUCCGCAUUGCUGUCAUGAACAACCUGCUCCCGCGCACCGUGCGCAUGCACCUCAAGUACGACAUGAAGGGCUCCACCUAUAAGAGACGAGCCUCGGCCAAGGAGCGAGAAAGGGCUGUGCCCACGUUCAAGGAUCUGGACUUCAUCCAGGACCUUCCCGAUGGCCUUCUGCUGGAACCAGACAACUACAACGCCCUCAGCAAGACCAUCCAGAGAGACUGCCUGCUGCUACAGAGCUUUAAGAUCAUGGACUACAGCAUGCUGGUGGGGAUCCACAACCUGGAGCAGGCGGCCCGGGAGCGGGCUGGAGAGGAGGCGGCCGACCAGAGGCCCCCACCGUCACAGGGCCAGAAGUCCCUCUACUGCACUGCCAUAGAGGCCAUCCAAGGAGAGGCGCACGGCAAGGGAGCAUUGGACACUGAGGACAACAUGGGAGGUAUUCCGGCACGCAAUUCCAAGGGUAAGAGGAUGCUGGUGUACAUUGGCAUAAUCGACAUUCUGCAGUCCUACAGGUUUGUGAAGAAGAUCGAGCACUCCUGGAAAGCUCUGGUCCACGAUGGGGAUACAGUGUCAGUGCACAGACCAGGUUUCUACGCAGACCGCUUUCAGAAAUUCAUGUGCAAUACAGUCUUCAAGAAGAUUCCAUUGAAGACAUCCCCAUCAAAGAAGAGCCGAGUGGGGACCCAGGGAGGCUUACGGAGGGCCAACACUGCAAGCUCCAGACCCUUUCCAUUCCCCCAGCCCAGCAGUAGCAGCAGCCUAGGAGUCCCACACUCCCAAAGUACAGAAACUGAGGGAGUCAGCGUGGUGCAGUCAGGAUGCCCUGACAUACCACCAAAAAGAAACACACACGAUGUUGUCACCAGUAACUCUGUUGAAACAACCCUCUUCAAUUCCUUGUUGGGAAGCUCGAAGCUCGCUACCACAGCUCCCUCCGUCAGGUCUGUGGGAGAGGAGGUCCAUGAGGCAGCCAGUACAGAGGACGCUAGCACCCCCAAAAGUUUUGAAGCAGUGACCUCAGUGUCGUCAGUUGACGACUGCAUUGGUGGAUGUGACGUCAUCUCACUCAGUGACAUAGUUCCUCAGACAAGCAGCUGUUAUUGAACGAUUUACUGAAGACUGAAAUGGACUGUAAUGUGAGGACAAUUAGGUCAAAGGAAGUCAAUAGAUGGGAUGAGUGUAAGAUGAAAACUUUUUGAAGGCCUUAUGAAAGAGAAACAAAAGGAUAAAGCGACAGAGGUAAAGAAGGGAAACGGAGAAAAGAAAGACAGGGGUACAUUUGGAAUGCUACACACUCCAGAUGCUAUUAUGGGGACCAUACAUCCAAAUUCCAUUGAUGGGAUCCUUCUCGUUUGAACUUUCCAAACCCUGAACAGGAUUAGGUAGUACUGUGUCUGAGUGCACAGGUGCCUUUUCUAUUAGACCAUAGUUGGUGGUGUAUUAGACAAGUACAUCUAAGUUGUAGUUGUUGUGCAUUGCAUCUCCGAACGGGUGCCUCUGUCAGGACCUGCACAUCUCUGAAACUAAGAGACACCUAGUAUUGUUAUAUUCGAGGAAAUGGUAGACAUGCUACAUUUAAUAAGUUGCCUUAUGUGAGAAGAGGCUAAACAAGCCUUCACAACAGUGACCAAAUGGCGUCAAGACUGUUCCUCCCUUUUGUGAUUCAUUCAUCCUGCCUGUAAACUGGAUUGCUGAAGAUCUCCAAUAUUGAGCUUUCCUGUACUAUACUAUCAUUACGUUAUAUUGGUAUAUAUGAUUUUAUUUCAAACUGUAGCACUAUGACAGAAUGCCACUAUUGGUGUUCAGAAGUACUGUUUGAAGAAUUUAUUUUAUUUUUUAAAUGUUUUUAUUCCCUGUGACAUAUUUAGAUGUUUGGCCUUGCUCCACAAGCUCACUGUGAAUGUUUACACACCCUGUAUGCUGGAUUGGCUAGAAUGUACAGUGUUUGGUAAACCAUUUUAAGAAAGUAUUUUAGGGCAUGAAGCCAGCAGGGCCUAUAGUUUCUGGUGUGUAAAGAUGGGUCUUAGCUAGCGCUUCGUGGCAUUAGACAGUUGGGCCAGAGAGGGACUCAGUCGGGAAACAGUGUCCCCUUAUAGAACAAGAAUUUACUAUGGAAAAGCACAUAUACAAGGAUCAACAAAUAGUUUCUCAACAGGACUUUUUUUGAAGGUAUGAAAGAAUUCUUCUAAUGAUCCCCUAUAUAUUUUUAUAACUCAUUCCACAACCAAAAUCAAUAUAGAAUGAUUUUACACUGUUAUAAUCCCUAUGUAUAAUCACUACCUUUUCUAUAACAGGAAGCAGCCACAGCACUCCUGUAGGUGAUACUUGAGGUUUCAGUUGUGGAAUGUUGUCCCCUUUUGAUGUUUCCAUUGAUCCCCCAAUGACAAAGGUGUUAUUUUAAACAAUAUGACAGGUUCAGCCAUAGAGGUACACUGAACACUAAUAUAAAUGCGACAUGUAAAGUGUUGGUCCCAUGUUUCAUGAACUGAAAUAAAAGAUCCCUGAAAUUUUCCAUAUGCACAAACCCUAUUAGUCAGCAUUUCUCCUUUGCCAAGAUAAUCCAUCCACCUGACAGGUGUUGCAUAUCAACAAGAUGAUUAAACGGCAUGAUCAUUACACAGGUGCACCUUGUGUUGGGGACAAAAUACCACUCUAAAAUGUGAAGUUUUGUCACAACACAAUACCACAGAUGUCUCAAGUUUUGAGGGAGCUUGCAAUUGGCAUGCUGACUGCCAGAUAAUUGAAUGUUCAUUUCUCUACCAUAAGCAGACUUUAGCAGUACAUCCAACCGGCCUCACAACCACAGACCACGUGUAUGGCAGGUGCCGUGUUGGUGAGCGGUUUGCUGAUGUCAAUGUUGUGAACAGAGUGCCCCAUGGUGGGAUUAUGGUAUGGGCAGGCAUAAGCUACGGACAACGAACACAAUUGCAUUUUAUCGACGGCAAUUUGAAUGCACAGAGAUGCCAUGACGAGAUCCUGCGGACCAUUGGCAUGCCAUUCAUCCGUCGCCAUAACCUCAUGUUUCAGCAUGAUAAUGAACGUGUCGCAAGGAUUUGUUUUACUCCAUGUGUAGCUCUGUGUUGUUGUAUGUGUCGAACUGCUUUGCUUUAACUUGACCAGGUCGCAAUUGUAAAUGAGAACUUGUUCUCAACUUGCCUACCUGGUUAAAUAAAGGUGGAAGAAAAGAAAAAAAGGAUCUGUACACAAUUCCUGGAAGCUGAAAAUGUCCCAGUUCUUCCAAGGCCUGCAUAUUCACCAGACAUGUCACCCAUUGAGCAUGUUUUGGAUGCUCUGGAUUGACGUGCACAACAGCAUUUUCCAAUUCCCACCAAUAUCCUGAAAGUUCGCAUAGCCAUUGAAGAGUGGAACAACAUUCCACAGGGCACAAUCAACAGCCUGAUCAACUCUAUGUGAAGGACAUGUGUUGCAUUGCAUGAGGCAAAUGGUGGUCACACCAGAUACUGACUGGUUUUGGUAAAGGGUAAUGUUUUUUAUUGGCUAACUACUAUAUUCAUUAUCAUUCUGCCAGACAAUGCAUUGUCCCUAUAUUAAAGAAAUGAGCAAGAUAUUUUAAUAUACAGCUGCAUUACAUUUGAAGCCUCUAGAGCAACUAUGACACAUCUAUGUUUCUAAAUAGUUAUAUUUAUUAGUAUUUUCUCAUUAUUUAUUAUGUCUGUCUUAAUAGAUUUUUGGAGAAGGCAUUUUAUGUAAAGCAGUGAUUGUAUGCGAUAUUGAGUAAGAGGUAGAUUGCAUUUCUCGUAAUGAAACUAACAUUCAACUGUCAAACUGUUCCUGUUUCUCUGUGCUGUAUUUUUGUAGUGACUAUUACAACUAACAUUCCUGUUAAAAUGCUUAAUGUCAAGAGUUCAACAACCUGGUAUGAUUGUUUUUCUUUUUAUAAACUAUGUGGGUGUGGGAAUCACUGAAAUGCCUUUUCAUGUGUUGUCAAUUGCCUUUCCAUGUUCUUCAGGGACUGGCAUGUUUUCAUACUGUAUUCCUACCUGAAUUCAUUAAAGAUAAAGAAUGAAAUAA